AUGUCUUCAACUUAUAACUAUCAAACCAGUAAUUCUAAUCAUUCACAUGCCAAUGAUAAUAUCAGCGACGAAGAAGAAUUUGUAGAUUGUGAAGAUAACAAAUAUGAAGAUAAUAAUAUCAACCAUGAACACAAUGGCGAUUUUACACUUAUGUAUAUAAAUGAAAAUGAAAAUAAUUUGCAUGCCUCUGCAGAUAAAACGUCAAGAGAUAGUCAAACAAAUUCGGCAUUUCAUUUGUUUGAUCAAAAUUUAUUAUCAAAGGAUGACGAAAAUCAACUACCAAUUCAACCUCACGUAGACAAAGUAUUCAUUAAAUCGCCUCAAGGAGCCACAUCAUCGUCAUCAUCUACAUCGGAAUAUGAUGAUUGUGAAGGUGUAGCACUUGGCCCAUAUCGUACGUGGUCAAAACAAGAAAAUGCAAAGGAAAAUGUGGAACUCAAUAAAAAGAGUAAUUCAACGGGUUUCUCAAAGCUAUGGAGACUAACAGGGAAAGUUGGCCGAAGCAAUAGUGAUGGUCGUGAUGCAUUUGUGUUUUUAAAAAGGCCAGCAGAUGAUAGGAAAACGACAACAUCGUCAAAGAUGGUUGUGAAGCGGACUGCUGUUGGUGGGUCGUUGGUGAAAGCCAAUAUUGACAAUAUUGAUGGUGCAAAAACGAAAGUUGUUAAGAUAGGUACCAAAGCGCAAAAUGCAAAUGUAUCGGCCCAUGAGGUUUACUUGAGGAAGAAAGAGCAAACAGAAGAAGAACGAAAGCGAUCUUACUAUUUACCUUAUCGUCCGGAAAUCAUGGGGUUCUUUACUAAUGUUAAUGGUGGUUGUUUAAGCAAGAAUGUACAUCCCUACUAG